AUGUCAGCAUGGUGUUUUGCUAAUGAAGAUAAGGAGCGUGGAAAAAACAAAACAAAAGCAUCAUUGUGGGCACAAAUAAAGCUAUUGUAUGAUGCCGCUCGGGUUGAAAAUCCAGAAAAGCUAAAUAGCAGGAACGAAGAUCAAAUGAGAGGUCGUUUUAAACGGCUUAAUGAAAAUGCACAAAAGUGGGUUGGUGUGUAUCGGGAAGCAUGGCGUCGAAGAAGAAGUGGAGUGAGUCAAAAAGAUAUUGAAAACAAGGCUCAUAAACUUUAUGAGGCGAGUGGGAAUAAGUUCAACGACAUUAUUGUUUUUAAUGAAGUUAUGUGUAAACAUGAAAAGUGGGUUUUAGAGUUAGAUCAUGACACAACACGUUCCCGUCCUGAAUGUGAAGUGGGUAAUGAAGAAAGUGGUGGUAGCUCGAAAAGAUCAAAGACUACUGAAGAAGGGGAGUUUUGUGUCCAUUCCAACCCAGAAACGCCAACUAGUGAUGGUUCAAUGGUUAAACAUCCAACAGGCAGAGAUGCAGCAAAAAAAAAGGAAAGGUAA